GUAUAACCUAAAAUCAAAAUCACAGUCGCAUUCGUUUUGUCCGGCAAAAAUGGCUUCUAGAUGUCGAUCUUUGUCUAAACCAGCGUUUACUAUGUUUAGAUCUGCAAUGAACAAGCCCUCUCUUCGACCCAAAUCGGCUUCAUCGUUUCUGGGCGUCCCUCCUUCGCCUGGACUUUCGAGGCCGAUUGCUCAGCUGGGAUCACUUCAAUCGUUGCUUCCAUUGUAUAGUGCGGUGGCUUCUGCUAGAUUGACUUCGUGCCUCGGUAUCGAUUCACAGAAUUCUAGGUCAUUAGCUCAGGGUAUGCUCUGCAGUGCGAAUCCAGGAGUUUGAUAUUCCAAAUCCAAAUGUUUUGUGUUUAGUAUAUCUAGCUCGGCCUAAGCGUGCCUCGAUAAUGAGACCAGACUCGAAGAAAUUUGGAUUCGUUUUAGAUGAGAUUCUCUGCAUCUUUGCUUUUGCUGGUCUAAUUCAAUCACUCAGAUCAGUUCUCUGUCAUUUGGAUGAUAAAACACUCUCUUCUUUAGUUACAUUCCAAUUAAGCAACACAAUGUCUUUUGGAACUUCUAUGUUCAACACAUCAAGAUUGAACAAUAAUAGCCUCUUGUCUAUGCUAUUGGUUAAGCCAUGAUUUUGCUAUUCAAUUAUUAUUGGCUAGUUUUA